GCCAGCACCUUAUUUCUCCCCUGAAAACUCAUCCCUCUCAAGGGGGAGGAGGAAGGGGCGCUCGGGACUCCUCUUCCCGGGACAAAAGAUGAGGCCAGGGGCGACCGGGGACUCUUUCUACAGCCCUCCAUGACUAUUUCCACUCGUCCCCUUUGUUUCCCGCCUGACCCGUGACCCAGGGCCGGCCAGGGUCACGGGGGGAGGUGAAAUAAGGUCUCAACAGGUCUGCUGGCUGGGUGAGGGAGGGGGUGUCGCGGGCUUGCACGGGGAUGGCGAGGAAAAGGAGAAUUUAUUGAUUCAGGAGGCAAGGCAGACGUUUUUUGCGGCCUCUAGCCUUGGGGCAGGAGCCAGGCCGAGCACCGCAGCCUCUGACAACUGCCCACCGCCCCUCACCACGGCUCUGGGGGAGAAAUAAGGGGGACAGCGUGUUAGUGGGGGAGAUUUUGGGUGCCCCCUCGCCUCUCGUAGUUCUUUCCCUCAUCUUUAUUUUCCCUCCUGCCUCCUGCUACCGCCCCCCUGGCUCCCGUGUGCCCCCAGGUGGGAGGUGAAGUGUUAAUAGUCUAAGAUACUUCCACAUGCACACACAAAGAAACAUUAUGCUGUCACACUAUGUUAAGGAUGUAGCCCUACCUGUAGCUACCCAAAAGAAGAAAAGCAUCAUAGUGCACCAUGACCAAAAUGAUACGAAGGCCUACAAGACUCAUCCCUCAUGUCCUGGUGGAAACAUGAGCUACCUUCCACCUUGGGCACCUUCCUCAGGGGGGGGCCACUACCCACCACACAUGCUCCCAUCCUCCCACUCCGCACCCUCCUCUUCCUCCUCCUCCUCCUCUUCCUCUACCGCUGGAGGAGGAGGAGGCUCCCUCGCAGCCCACACCACCCACAACACCACAGGGCUCAACACCCCCUCCGUCUACCAGACUCUCUCCCCGGUGGUGAAGUCCUCGUCGCCAACCAGCGUGUCCGUCACCCAAUCCAUCAACACACCCAAGACAUCCACCCUCCCUACAUCCGGUGCUGGGGCCUCAUCCACAUCCACAUCAUCCAGUGCACAGUCAUCAGGCACCACCAUGUCCCUGGGCGACCCAUAUGAGCCCCAGGGUUUCCAGAGGCCCCACACGCCCCCACUGAAGAGGACCCCAGCCAUAGCCAUAGGGGAAGGCACCAAGACAGAGAGCCCUACCAUGGGUGACGGGGCCCCGCCCCCAGAGAUGCUCCUCGCCCUCGCCGGACCAAGCUCAAUGGACCUCAAGACACCCAGAAAUUCAUUUCUUGCCUUCAGAGCACCAGCCAAACACCCAGCACCUGAGCAGCUUCCCAGCCCAGUCAUGUUUUCAUACCAGGGCAGAGGACGGCCACGCAAGAACUGGACUCAUGCCACGGGUCUGCCCACCAUGAUCCCUGUGACCCACCCGUCGAUGCACUGUGGCACCACAGAGGACCCGGACGACGAGGAGAACAAACCGUUUAAGUGCAAUCUGUGUGGCAAGGGGUUCAAGCUGAAGGGUGGGCUGGUGCAGCACGAGCGGACACACAGCACAGACAGGCCCUACGUGUGUCCAGAGUGUGGCAAACUGUUCCGCCAACCCACGCACCUGCAGCAGCACAUCCGCAUUCACACGGGUGACAAGCCAUACGACUGCGCCUUCUGCGGCAAGUCGUUUCGCCAGCGCACCAUCCUCAACCAGCACCUCAGGAUACAUACUGGUGAGAAGCCGUAUGUGUGUAUGGAGUGCGGCAAACAGUUUCGCCAGAAGGCCAUCCUUGACCAGCAUUUCCGCACUCACUUAGGUGAGAAGCCGUACGCCUGCCCUCACCCAUCAUGCCGAAAACAUUUCCGGGAGAUGGCAGCACUCAUCUCCCACAUGAAGUGCCAUAAGGACGUCCCAGACCCAAGAAUCGUCCUCCAGCAGGCAAAGAGGAUCAAGGAGGAGCGGCAUGAUGACCUGAGGUUAGACCCACAGAUCCUUGGGGAGCAUGGAGAAGGUACAGACAGAGGAGGUCUUUUGCAGGACAGGCUGGGGCAGGAGGUGAUGGGGCUGGGCAGGAUAGGACUGGACCGGGGACUUGGCCAGGACCGGGGGCUGAUCCAGGAGAGGGGACUAGGCCAGGAGCGGGCAGGGCCAGCGCAAGACAGGGCGGGGCUGGGGCAGGAGAGGGGAGGGCUGGGGCAGGAGGUAAUGAGCCCUGAGAGAUCCCAUGGCCACGAGCACAGUGAGGGCUCCAGCACUGGUUCGGAGCAGAGCUAUCAAGGGAACGGGGAGCAGGUGCAGCACGAGCAGGCCAGAGGCUUUCCCCAGCACAAUGUCAACAGCAGCUCAGCACAGAAGUCCCCACACUCCUCCCUGCCACAGCACUCCUCAGCAGACAGGCAAAGUCAGCCCUCCCCCUCUUCCUCCCAGUCCCUCACCUCCCCCCUACCCCCCAACAUGAUGCCUACGCCUCAAAUGGCCAUGGCAAACCUUAUUCCUUACCCACACUCCAUUUUCCCUGCCACCUCCUACAUGAUGCCCCCCCCUGACCCCAGACAGUACCACCCCCAGAGCCAGGGUCAGCACCCCUCCCGACCAAACCAGUGACUACACAUGCCAUAGUUGUUUUGUAGUGAUGAGCGAGUGAGCGAGUGUCUUUCCUUUUCGUAAAUCUUGAAUCAUCAUCCUCCUCCUGCACCUAGCCAGUCUUAGCCUUGCCUCUUGUUUCUGAGUUCCCAGACAUGCAGUGUUUUAUUUAUUAUUAUUAGAACUAUGCAAUAAAAUUCAUCUCUUAAGGGAUUGAGGAGAGGGUCACAGGGCAGACUGUAAAGUGGUAGGUAAAUUAAGGGAAGGAGGAUGAAACCUUUGGCUGGGUAAUAAUGGUGAGGGCUGCAAAUUUAUAUUAAACGUGCAAGUUUGGGUUCAUGGUGGACAUGUGCCUCUCUAGCUGCUGUUGAUGGUUCAUAUGUCUUCUUUACAUAAAGUGAUAAGCAGACAAUAUUAAGGUGCGACUCAAACCAGUGCAGUGAAAAGACAUGAAGCUUUUGACAGUUAUUUUAAGACUCAGCUUUAUAUCUACCAGAGAAGGCUGUUGGACUGGACACGUCACUUUUUCCUAACUCUUGGAAUGGAAGUUUCUCUCUGGAAAUGAACGGACGGCUUCAUUUGUAAUAUUUAUUUUCGUAUCGUCAUGUUUGAAUUUUAAGAACUCCCCUGUUGGUAUUCUCAAGUUGUGAGGCACAGAGCUCGAUGCUUUUGCUAGCACUUCCCAUACAGCUUAUCACAAACCCUUGUGUCCCAUCCCUAAGGCGGGUGGAACACAGCUAUGAAAAGUAGGCUAGUGGGGAUAUGUUAAGGAAAAGACGUAGAAAGGAAUUGUGUACAUUUGGAUGGAGAAUGUAUGGGUGCAAUAGUUUUCUAACUAGAAAAAUAAUCAUUAAUCACCAUCCAAACUUAGACAUAAAAAAGUAUAUCUGGAACUAACUUGGCCCUUGCAGGUAUCAAUAUUUUUUUAUGAAUUUAUUAUUCAUAGUGUACCAUCUGCAACUAACUUCAUCAAUACAGAUAAAAUAGAUAAUUAUCAUAUUUCAUGAUAGGUUUUCUGCUCAUAUCUGUGUCAAUCAUGAGUAAUAUGUGUUACUCUUGGGGCCUCAUAUAGUUAUGACUUUUUGGUAUACAAUACUUCACAUGUGCAAUCACAAGGACUUAGCACCCUCUUCACCAGGUUACUUUAUUUUUUAUACAGUCACUUAGUGACUGUACAGUGCUUAAAAAUGCUCCAGCCACUGGAGAGGUGUUUUCAAGUCACUUGGAAACUUUACCUUUCUCUUAUGAUGUCUGUGCAUUCAUUAUAUAAAGUACUAUUUUCAGGAGGGUGGAUAUUUACAUUUAUGUACUUACUGGGAAUGAUUCCAGGAACAUAUCUCAUUCACAUCCAAUGUUAAGGCCACUGCACAAUCAUUCAGUGUACAAUCUGUUGUCUAGGAAUGUAACUCAAUCAUAAAGUGAAAAUUCCCUAUUCAUCUCAAUAACACUGUGGAUGACCUAAGGUUCCACCAAGCAAGGCUGAAGUACCAGUCAAACAACAGCUCUGUACCAUGCUAACAGAAUGCUCCCAAGAGCCCUACAAGAACAGUGAAGCUGUGUGGUGGAGUGCAGCAAGAGUGCCAAGGCAAGAUGAUGCCGCGUGUGCAUAAAGGCAAAUAGUAUGUGUUGUUUUCCGCAGGCUGCUGUACCGAAGGAAGCGCUAGUUCCUUAUGUUGAUGGUGGGAGGUUAGUGGGUGGUUGUUUCUGUUUGAGGGUUGUUGAGCAUUUGUAGAAUUAUUUAUCCCAUGGCUUAAUGUGGCGGCUGAAUUAUUCCCAUGGACAAGGAGGAGGAGAAGGAGGAGGAGGAGCUGCUGCUGCCAAGCAUUGACAUUCAUAUUGUUUAUCCAUUCUGUUAAACUUUUACUCUUUUAUUUACAUAAGGUUAGAAGUUCCUAAGAAUCAAAUAUUGUUCAGAGGCAAAGAGUGAACAGGUGUGCGAGAGAGAGCGAGAGUGAGAGCGUGAGAAAAGACAGAGCUAAUUGGUGGGGACAAAUUGACGCAUAGGUUUAACACUAAGCAUUAUAUAAGGCCACUAGGUAGGGGGUGCUGUGUCUAGCUGCAUAUUAGUAGGUUGUUUAGGUUUCUUCCAUCAUACAUAGACUCUCAUGAUGAUUUCAACUUUUUCAAAUAAAAUAAAUCAUGGAAAAGUCAUUUUACAGUCUUGUGCUUAUAUAAAAAAAAUAAUGUUGUGUGACAGGAAUAUGUUUAGGUCGGUAGACUUUUUUCUUACCCAAAUGCAGCUGUAAGAUAUAACCUGCAUCUGCCAUGUUGUUUGUUGCAUCAAGACAUUAGCUCCUGGAGUACCAUUAGGCAGCCUUCUGAGUGCCAAAAGGUGGACUGGAGUGUCAUCCCAUGGGCCUCUGUAAUGCCAUUAUACAGGUUCCUUGGGUGUCACUCUAUAGGCCUCCAGAGUGCCAUUAGAGGCAUUAGGAGUGCCAGUAUAAGGGCAUUAGAAGUGCCAUGCUAUGGAUCCCAGAGUGCCAUUGUAAUGGCCUCAGGAGUGCCAAGUUAGUCUCUGCACUAACAGUCUCCAACAGUAACCAGUACAGUAAAUAUUUAUAGUGGUUAAAAAUUCUAUAUAAAUUGCACCACUGUAGAUGUACGCCUGUGCUGCCUCGAGGGGAGUGCACAGGGAGAGCGUGUACACGAGCUGCAACAAACCAACCAUCCAUGACAGACAUUCAGACAAACGGACAGACAUGGUUCCCGGCUUAUUCAGUAAUAUUCUGCAGUGUCACUUUUUCUGUCUUACUGUACAUUUUGUAUUUACGGUAGAGGUAGUGCAAGCAAGCAAGCAAGCAUGUGUGUCUGUGAGAAAGAAAGGCAACAGAGGUUUUGUAAAAGGGGCAUUAUUAUACCUUUUUUUUAUGAGUGUAUGUGCAAUGUAUGUGUAUGUGUGUGCGCAUUGAGGGUGGCUGGCUGCAGAGACGGUUAGUUUUGUAGUUUGCAUCAUUGGUAAUAUUAAUGAACCUCAUUUUCUACAUUAUUUUGUAUCAGUGUACAGACCUUUUCUCUCUUGAUCUCCAAUUAUUUUUCCUGGUGUGAUUUUUUUUUUAAUGUGGAACCUGCAACGCAUCAUGCGUUUUUUGGUUCUCUGUUGUUUUUUCUUUUCUACAGUCUAUAUAUUUUUUGGUACAUUUUCUCCAUUUUAUCAAGAUGUCAAAAAAUAAUAACAUCGCCAUCAGGAGAAACUGCACAAUUUUCACCUGUCCAAAAUGUGAGGCCAAGAGAACCUCACGCAUUCUGAGAAAAAAAAUUGCCAUAAAGUAUCAUUUGUAUAAA